AUGGCGGAGCAGCAGCCUGCGGCCAACAGCCCCGACAAAUUCUCCAUCUUCAUUGAGACUUGGUUUGGCAGAACGUUUGCAGUGCCAGUGUCUCUGGAUGACAGUGUGGGGGAGGUUAUGGACAAGCUGAGCGCACAGGACUCCUCCCUGACCCGCGAAAGCGGAAGGCUGAUCUACGGCGGCAGACAGAUGGAGGACAACCUGACCCUGCGACACUAUGAAAUCACACCCAUGUCCUGUUUGUCAUAUUUUCGAAGACUGCGAGGUGGCGGUGAACCUGUCAAACGCCAAUCUUUAGACAUAAGGAAGAUGGUGGCAGACCCUCACAAAUCUCUGACAGACGAGGCCUCAGGGAGUGGACAGGAGCGGGGAGCAGGGCCAGCACUACACCUGAUGCUGGGCGUGUUGCUCAUGCUCUCAGAAGACCUCUCCUCCUGCCUCCAGCAGGAGAGCUAUCACCAGCUGGUCUUGGACCCACCACUGCAGAGAAAAUGCUGGCGCUGCGUGAGGGAGGUUCUUCCAGAAGUGACACCGGAGAUAACCCAAGACUUCAAGUGCCGCACCGUGUACCGAGCUCACCUCCCUGGUGCAGGCAUCUUCCAGUGCUCCAUCACAGGCCUCAGCUUCAAGGUGAAGUCGGCAGUGACCAUCACCUACAGAUAUGCCACCUGGACCAGGCACCUGAGCGAGGCUGACCAGGAAACAUGGUCACCUGCUGGACCCCUCUUCCACAUUGAGGUGCAGCCUGGGGUCGUGCAGUCAGUGCAUCUCCCCCACUUCAUCUGCCUGGCAGAAGAUGUAAAUACCAGCCUGUUCUCCAUCGCCCAUUUUAAAUCUGGGACGAUGAUCCUGGAGAGACCGACCAGACUGAUCGCUUUCUCUGCUGUCCUGGAGAAUCCCAGCUUCUCACUGCUUGGGGUGCUUUGGAGGAGGUUACGUUCAACCUUAAAUUCAUUCCCUAUGCACUCCUCGGUGCUAAUCUUCCAGCAGCUCAGUGCUGCAAAUACAACUCUUCACCUCUACCUGAUCCCAGAUGACAAGUCUGUGAAGCAGGCCGUUGAAAAACAAGAAAUGAAUUGGAAUUCAAAGCUUAUUCCCAAGCCUUCUCCGUUCAGCCCUCUGUUCUUUGGCUGCAUUUACCAGGUGACCAGUACAAAUUCCGUGGUGAUAAUGCCUGAAGCACGCUUGCCAUUUUGCUACAAGAGUCCAAGGGAAGAGCAGCUCUUUGUCGAGAUCUACAUCAGGAAGAUGGCAGAGGAAAUUAGGUUCUCUAUGAUAGAUACACGCGAUGACUCCGUGGUCUGGAGGGCAUCACUGAGAUCAGGUGAUAUUAAUCUUCCUGCCUGUGUCUCCAAGACCUUGUCAGGCACAGCCUUCCUGAAGAAGCACAAGACCAAGCUUUGUGUCAGGAUGAGGCAGCUCCCAAGCAUUCUGCUACACUUACGGGAUGCAAACGUCAUCAACAGCGAUGAAGAAGAGGAGGUGCAAAGUCAAGUUACGAGUCAAAGGAAGAACAAAGUUUUGCUGGAGCUAGUUGAGAAGAAAGGGCUGGAGGCCCAGGAACAGCUCUACCAGAUCCUCCAGAUGAAAGACCCAUACCUCAUCGCAGACCUGGACAAGUCCAGCUAGACUGCUUUUGCUAAAAUUGCUUAGCUUACAGGAGCAACAGAAAGGCAGUCGGGUUUACCAGCACCUGAAUCCCAACCUUCCAAUGCAAAAUCCAUGGUGCAAAGCAGCAAUAAGCCUUCUGAACCACCCAGUCUCAGGCCUACCUCACUUGGCUGACUCGGUUGGCAGCAGUGGACAACCAGUGUCAUGUCAGCCACUGGUGAGAAGCUGAUGGAAUGAGACGUUGGUUCCCAAUCCAGUGCCAAUACCUUGGACCUGUCUGCCUCCCUGAGACAGGGCCUCUGCAGCUGCUGGCAGAGGAGCUCCCAUCACAAGAGGUACCUCCAGCUCAGCCUCCUCAUCCUCAGUGUCCAUGGGCACCUCUUGCAGCUGGAAGAGGGGAGCUGCUUUACCAUGCAGAGCUGUCUGCAAAGGCUUGUUCUCAUGCGCAAGCCGCAGCAAACUAUAGAUGUUGAUGUGAACCCAUAUCAACAUCAAACCUUCUCCUUGUUUCCCUCCAGCCUAGUUUACCCAAAUGACCAAAAUUCACUGAAGGAGCAAAUGACCAUCCUGACCCCAGCAGCAGCUGGGUGAAGGAGCCCCUCUGAAAGAAGCCACAAAAAAUAGCAAAGAUAAGAGAUACGGGUUCGUGCAUCUUCAAGAAAAGUCUGACUGAAUAGCAGCUGCUUUAUGUUCAAAAGAAAGCUGGCAGAUUAUUUUGAAAUUACAUUU